AUGGGGGUGGUGUUUAUAAAAGGCCCCUUGUCUGCAGCCAGAAAUCCCAGAUGCGCCCCCACAAUCCUGCUAAUCUCCAGCACCUGCCUCCACAGCUGGUACCAAUGGCAUUGUCCCAAUUUCUUUCCUUCUCAGCCAUGGAGCUGCUCCUGGCUGCCACCAUCUUCUGCCUGGUACUCUGGGUAGUCAGAGCCUCUAGGCCUCAGGUUCCCAAAGGCCUGAAGAGCCCCCCGGGACCCUGGGGCUGGCCACUGAUUGGGCACGUGCUGACCCUGGGUAAGAACCCACACCUGGCUCUGGCCAGGCUGGCCAAGCGCUACGGGGACGUGCUGCAGAUCCGCAUCGGCUCCACGCCAGUGGUGGUGCUGAGCGGCCUGGACACCAUCCGCCAGGCCCUGGUGCGGCAGGGCGAUGACUUCAAGGGCCGGCCCGACCUCUACAGCUUCACCCUGGUCACCGAUGGCCACAGCAUGACCUUCAACCCAGAUUCGGGCCCUGUGUGGGCCGCCCGCCGGCGCCUGGCACAGGAUGCCCUGAAGAGUUUCUCGGUGGCUUCAGAUCCGACCUCUGCGUCCUCCUGCUACUUGGAGAAGCAUGUGAGGAAGGAGGCCGAGCGCCUCGUGAGCAGGCUGCUGGAGCUCAUGGCGGGGCCUGGGCGCUUCGAUCCCUUCAGCCAGCUGGUGGGGUCGGUGGCCAAUGUCAUCGGCGCCAUGUGCUUUGGGAAGAACUUCCCCCAGACCAGCGAGGAGAUGCUCAGUAUCGUGGCAGGCAGCAAGGACUUCGUGGAGUCCGCCUCCUCCGCCAACCCCGUGGACUUCUUCCCCAUCCUCCGCUACCUGCCCAACCCCACCCUGCAGCGGUUCAAGAGGUACAAUGAGCGGAUUCUGCGCUUCCUGCAGAAGACGGUCCGGGAGCACUACCAGGACUUCGACAAGAACAACAUCCAGGACAUCGUCAGCGCCCUGUUCAAGCACAGUGAGGAGGGUUCCAGGGUAAAUGACGACCUCAUCCCCCAGAAGAUUAUCAACCUGGUCAAUGACAUCUUUGCGGCAGGCUUUGAAACAGUCACCACCGCCAUCACCUGGAGCCUCCUGUACCUUGUGACCAAGCCAGAGAUACAGAAGAAGAUCCAGAAGGAGCUAGACACCGUGAUUGGCCAGGAGCGGUGGCCCCAGCUGAAGGACCGACCUCAGCUGCCCUGCAUGGAGGCCUUCAUCCUGGAGGUCUUCCGACAUUCCUCCUUCGUGCCCUUCACCAUCCCACACAGCACAACCAGGGACACCAUACUGAAUGGCUUCCACAUCCCCAAGGAACGUUGCGUAUUCAUCAACCAGUGGCAGGUCAACCACGACCCGAAGCAGUGGGGAGAUCCCUUAGAAUUCCGCCCUGAGAGAUUCCUCACAGCCAGUGACACCACCAUCAACAAGACAUUGAGCGAGAAGGUGCUGCUGUUUGGCCUGGGCAAGCGCCGGUGCAUUGGAGAGACGCCUGGCAGGUGGGAGAUCUUCCUGUUCCUGGCCAUCUUGCUGCAGAGGCUGGAGUUCAGCGUACCGCCCGGCACGAAGGUGGACAUGACACCCACCUAUGGGCUGACCAUGAAGCCACCCCACUGCGAGCACAUCCAGGUGCGGCCGCGCUUCUCCAAAUGAAGGGGCCUCAGCAGCCAAGGAAGGGGAUGGGUGCCCGUCGGCCUUGAUCUUGUUUCUCCCCUUUUCUUUGUAAAGAACAGUUUCAGCUAGG